AUGUCCCGGAAGCUUCGAGCUAGCUCGUGGUUCAAAGGUGGCACCUUUGGGCUUCCGCUGGUCGACGUCUAUGGGGAUAUGCACCAAAGGCCAACUGUCGACGUUGUCUUGGCGGCCAAGAAAGCAUUGCCAAGCGAUGCCGAAGUGGACAAGAUCAAGAAGCAGUUCAAGGAGCUGGAUGUGAAUAAAGACGGUACUCUCAGCUUCGAGGAGAUGAAGAAGAUGAUGGUGACAUUGAGCCCCAAACUCUCUGAGGUCCAAUUACAGAAGCUCUUCUGCGCGGCCGAUGUAGACCAGAGUGGCACAGUGGAGUUGGAUGAGUUCAUCGACUUUGUCCUCAAAGGAAAGCAAGUCGUGGCAAAGAUCAUUCAGGAGCCUCCACAAGGGACGCCCUCAGCAGAAGGUGUCCGAUCAGACUGGAAGAAGGAAUGUGCUGCUCCUGCUCCUCCGUUCUCCGAGCAUUGUAGACAGCUCUCAAGCCUUGCUGCCUUUGCCCUCAUUCCUGUCACUCCACUUUCCAUCAUGGCAAGCGGUGGCUAUCCCGGAGUUCGCACCACCAAGACUGGCGACGUGGCCCCUAGCGAUGCCUUGAAGCUCCUGAAGGAAGGCAACGCUCGAUUCGUCGAGGGCAAGCCGCAGUCCAUCAAGACCAACGCCGAGAUGAGGACGCUGCUGGUGGAGGAGGGCCAAGCUCCUCACACCGCCAUCAUCGGCUGCGCCGACAGCCGUGCCCCCUUGGAGAAGAUCUUUGACGCUAUGCCAGGGGACAUCUUCGUCCUCCGAAAUGCCGGGAACACCUGCACCCAUGCCGAAGGAAGCUUCGUCGGAAGCCUGGAGUUUGCCACAGGAGCACUCGGCUCCCGGCUGAUUCUCGUCCUGGGACACACCAAGUGCGGUGCCAUCUACGGAGCCACGAAGGGCUACUUCGAUGCCAAGCUAGGGGCUGGCAGUUCUUCGGGCUCCGCCCUGGAAGCCCUGCUGCACGAUCUGGGCUCUGUCGCUGAGGUGGCUGCUGGUGAGAAGGGGGCGUCUGCCGACUUCGAGACCGUGGCAUCCCAUGCCGUGAAGGUGAACGUCUUCCACACCAUCAACUUCCUGCUGAAGUACAGCAAGAGCCUCCGGCAGCAGGUUCAGAGUGGCAAGUUGGAGAUCCAGGGCGGUAUCUAUCAGCUGGAGACAGGCAAGGUCGAGUUCCUUGGGCCCUCGCCGGAGCAGAAGGCGCUGACGGAGGAGAGCAUUGCUUCGCUGCCGCCUUCGCUGCUCGCUCCCAAGGAGCCCGCCCCGGCCACGGUUCGCACCGCCGCGGAUGAUGCGGUGAUCCCGCAGAAGGCCCUGGAAUACCUCAAGAGCGGCAACAAGCGCUACGUGGCAGGCACGCCCAAGGCCCCAACUACCACUCAGGACAUGAGGAAGGCUUUGGUGGACAAGGGCCAAGCUCCACAUGCUGCCAUCAUUGGCUGUGCUGACUCGCGAGCCCCGGUGGAGACGCUCUUUGACGCGGCCCCUGGCGACCUCUUCGUCUUGCGAAAUGCCGGCAACACAUGCACCCACGCCGAAGGAAGCUUCUUGGGCAGCUUGGAGUUUUGCGUUGGCAAGCUCGGCAGCCGCCUCAUUGUCGUCAUGGGCCACACCAACUGCGGAGCACUGGCCGGGGCCGCCGGCACGUACCUGUCCAUCAAGGAGGCUGCUGAGACCAAGACGCCUGGUUGCGCUCUUGAGGGCCUCCUUCAGGGCCUGACUUCCGUGGCAGGCCAGACAGCCCAGGAGAUGGGUGGUACACCCAGCGCCGCCGAGAUCGCAAGCGCGGCGGUGAAGGUGAACGUCUUCAACACGAUCAACUUCCUCCUGAAGUUCAGCGAGCCCAUUCGGGCCUUGGCCAAGAGCGGCGACUUGGAAAUCCACGGUGCGGUCUACAAGCUGGAGACAGGUGAGGUGGACUUCUUCGGGCCCUCGCCGAAGCAGGCAGAGCUCUUGGCGUCGAAGAUGCAGCUCCCUCCCUCCAUGAGCAACGCCGCCGACUCCCUGGCGCUCAUUGGUGCCCAUGGCGUCCGGACUCCCGAGGACCCGCCGAUGGCGGCACAGGCAGCCUUGAAGCUCUUGAAGGAAGGCAACGAGCGCUUUGCUGUGGGUGCUCCCAUUGCUGGCAGAAUCGAUGCGAAGAUGCGGAAAGCUUUGGCGACGGUUGGCCAGGCGCCCCACACGGCCGUUCUUGGCUGUGCAGACUCUCGGGUGCCACUUGAGUUGGUUUUCGAUGGUCUGCCUGGAGAUCUCUUCGUGCUCCGCAAUGCCGGCAACACUUGCGUCCACUCUGAGGGCAGCGUGAUGGGCUCGCUCGAGUUUUGCACCGGCGCUCUUGGCACGAAGCUCAUUCUUGUCCUGGGCCACACCAAGUGCGGUGCCAUCAACGGCGCCACGAAGGACUACAUGGCCAACAAGGGCAAGUCCAGGGACCAGGCCUCCAACGCCCUCGGUGCACUCCUCCAGGGCCUGAACGACGUGGCCAAAAAGGCGGAAGAGGAGUUGGGCGGUUCCCCGAAGGAGGAGGAGAUCGCAGUGCACGCGGUGAAAGUGAAUGUCUUCAACUCCAUGGACUUCCUUGUGAAGAACAGCCCCGUUCUGAAGAGCAAGGUCGAGUCCGGCGAGGUCGAGAUCGAAGGAGGUAUCUAUGAUCUGGACAGCGGCCGUGUGCGAUGGCUGGGAAAGAGCCCCAAUGCAGUCAAGGGUUGCCUGGAAGGGCCGUCUGGCCGGCAUGGGCAGAACAUCUUCUGGAUAUGGCCCUGCCCACCUCCUCGCCUUUAUGACAUUCAGACUGGUUCGCUGUCGAAUCCGACACACUCGGCCGCGCAAGAGAAGAUGAAUGAUCAGAUGACCCAAGCAUGGUAUGAUGAGAUCAACCAACCGGGCUAUGACUGGAAGAAGGCCACGUUUUCUCCUGGCACAGGACACUUCACCCAAGUCGUUUGGAAAGGAACCAAGCAAGUGGGCAUGGCUUUGUCGGAAGAUGGCCGCUUCUGCGUUGCGAACUAUUUUCCGGCGGGAAACAUGAUGGGGUCCUUCAAAGAGAACGUUCUUCCGCGGGGCACUCCGUACGAGCCCAAGAAGGAGGCGCCGAAGCCCGCGCCGAAAGCAAGAGCUGCGGCCGCAGAUGCUGGUGCGCCCAGCAGUGAUGCUGGAGGCGAGCCUAAGAAGACCGUCACUGCGAAGACAAUGACGCCGGAGCUCGCGGCGGUCUUCGAGGACUGCCCCUUCCCAUUCAAGGAGAAGGCAGAAACUGCUCUGAACGAGGGAGCUGAGGUCACCGUGACACGAGAGGAGAUAGGCAUCCGAAAGACCAUCGAGGUGACCAUCAAGCAGGGACACAGCACCUCCCGCAUGAGGGGGGCUUGGGGUGCCCGAGGCUGA